AUGAACGUCUUCGACGAACAACGGGGCCGCAUCGCCCUAUACGCUCCCAAGGGCUCGCGACACAGCGCCACCAUCGUCAUUCUCCUCGAGAAGCUCAAACUCCCUUACCGUCUUCAUCUCGUCGCCAGCGCCGACGAUGUCCCCGACCACCCGGCCAUUCCUCCCGGCGCGCGCGACAACCUCCCGCUGCUGACCAACGUCCAAAGCGACGGCGAACACGUCUCGCUGUGCGGGAUCCGCGCCAUCCUGGAGUAUCUCCUCGCGCGAUACGACGAGGACCACGUCGUGCGGUAUGCGGACGGCUCGGCGCAGGAGCGCGACGUCGAGCGCUGGCUGUCGUUGGUGCUUCCGCAUCGCAGCCAGGACAAGGAGGCGUCGCCGGCGCGAUUCGAUCUAGAGGCUGAAGAUGGAGUCGUCUUUGCGCGGAAGGCGUUGAACCUGUACCUCAACCUGGAGCAGCAUCUGCAGACGACGCGCAGUCGGUUUCUCGUGGGGAGCAAAUGGUAA